GUACAAUAAUUUAUAUCACCAAAAAAGUUGUAAUGAGUUUUUGUGUUGAUUUAGUGUCUGAAGAUUCCUUUUACGAAAAUAUAACGUUGGGGAUAACCAAAGUCUUAGAGUCCGAUUCAAGAAUAUCUAAUGUUGUCGUUGAACGUCGCCCACCAUGCGACCGUGUGGCGCUUUCAAAUUGGGAACAGAGGCAUUCUGCUGCAUUACCAGAAGAUUUGCGUAAUUUUUAUGCUUCGACAGAUGGCUUUGAAUUAUCUUGGCGCUAUAAAUACUCAGCGGAUGAAAUUUUGUCUGUUGGAUCUAUACGAGUAAACGCUUUAAAUGAUUUGUGUUUGACUUCUGCACUUAAAGAUCUAUUAGAUUUUUCACUUACACGUGCAAAUAGUGGUCCUCGUCCGGUACUGAAUACUAAAAGUAAGGUCUUCGAACUGGACAACUGCAGAAAUAUAGGAAAGGUGUGCUUGAUAUAUACCGGUGGAUGUUGGUCUAUAUGGCUUGCAACAAGAGAGGGGUCAUGGGGUUGGUUAGCGCAUUCGUUUACCCACUAUUUUAGAAUGGCUCUCGUUCAUCUCGGUCUUCCAGGUUGGCAGGCGGCCUUUGCUAAUUUGCCACUAAUACCAUGGGCGGAGCAAUUAUUUCUUCUGUUGGCGCCGCAUCUUUUGGAGAAAACAGAAAAUGAACAAAAUGUAAUCUCUACCAGCAAUGAGACUGGUCUUAACCACAUCGACCCAACCAUUUUUAAGACUUCAGUGCGUCAUCACAAGAACACUUCACGUCCAUCACACCCAUAGUCUUCAAAAUUUUCAUGAUUUGGCAUAUAUUCAAUAAAAAUUGAUAAUUGCAGUUUCAAGAA